GGUGAACAUCGCGACAGGGCCGUGCCUCAACCUCUGCAACAAUUGAAGUCGUGAGGAUUUCAUCGCCAAAUCGCAACCAUGGCUGUUCCCGGCACUCAGAUCUCCAAGCGGAGAAAGUUCGUCGCCGACGGUGUGUUCUACGCCGAGCUGAACGAGUUCUUCCAGCGCGAGCUGGCUGAGGAGGGCUACUCCGGCGUCGAGGUCCGCGUCACCCCGACCGUUACCGACAUCAUCAUCCGCGCCACACACACUCAGGAGGUUCUGGGCGAGCAGGGUCGCCGGAUCCGCGAGCUCACCAGCCUGAUCCAGAAGCGCUUCAAGUUCCCCGAGAACUCGGUCUCCCUCUAUGCCGCCAAGGUCCAGAACCGCGGUCUCUCGGCCGUCGCCCAGUGCGAGUCCCUCCGCUACAAGCUGCUCAACGGUCUUGCCGUUCGCCGUGCCUGCUACGGCGUCCUCCGCUUCAUCAUGGAGAGCGGUGCCAAGGGUUGCGAGGUCGUCGUUUCCGGCAAGCUGCGCGCUGCCCGCGCCAAGAGCAUGAAGUUCACCGACGGCUUCAUGAUCCACUCCGGCCAGCCGGCCAAGGACUUCAUCGACAGCGCCACCCGCCACGUCCUGCUCCGCCAGGGUGUGCUCGGUAUCAAGGUCAAGAUCAUGCGCGGCAGCGACCCGGAGGGCAAGGCCGGCCCCCAGAAGUCGCUCCCUGAUGCCGUCACCAUCAUCGAGCCCAAGGAGGAGGCCCCGGUCGUUCAGCCCAUGAGCCAGGAUUACGGCGCUAAGGCCGCCGCUGCUCAGGCUGCUGCCGAGGCUGCCCGUCAGGAGGAGCAGGCGGGUGAGGAGGAGCCCGUCGCUGCCGAGCAAUAGGGUGUUAACGGCGGUGGUGUUGUGGCUCUUCUUUCUCCCGCUCAGGGUGACUCUCCCGCCUUCGACGGCGCUCCUGUUGUCGAUGCUAGCGUCGUCGACCACGGCUUCGGCGACAAUGGCUUCGGCGAUGCCAGCACCAUCGACGUUAACGGUUGGUAAUCGCAAGGGAAGAUGGGCUCUGACUGGGAGGGGUUCUUCGGGCGCGCCACACGCUCGACAGUAUGGUUGCGGAUGGAUGGGUCACUCGGCGUCAACUUUGAGCAUAUUGCAUUGAGUCUGCAAAACGGGAAAACGGACGGAAUGAUGCUUUGGAGGGUGGAUUUGUAACUAUCCCGGCCAAUCCAUGGACAGGGCAGUUAACGUCGGACGAUGUGCAGUCGCUCGAGGAAUAAACCCCUAACCAAACUUGCCCGUGUCGUAAUCUGAUGAGCAGAGUGAUGCGAAUUGCUGCUUCCUACGGAAACCUCGACCUUGGGGGAGCUUGCGCAUAAACCAUCGACAUACCCAUAACGCGGCAUCCAGUAUCGAAGCCGAGGGAACUCGAGUCAAAGCAAACAGUAGCUGACUGCAUCCAGCCUGUCAUCUGUUUGUGCCGUGCCCGCGAAGUUCUAUUCUGAAAGGAGAUUCCACGAACCUCGGCCAACAGAUGGGAACAGAAUGACAGGAUCAUAAAUUUGGUAGUGUGGUACAGUUACAAACGCCGUUCCAGAGGCGGCAGGUUUUAGAG